GAGACACUCCCCUCCUUCGUUCCCUCCCUCCCUCCGGCCACCUCCUCCCCUCUCCCCAGAGCCGGAGGAGGCCGGAGCGGGCGCGGUGCGGCUGCUGCUGUGUCUCUGGGGCUCUCUCGGCCCGGCCCGGCCGCGCCGCUGCUACGGACAGAGGAAUCCCCCCAGCGGGAAGGCGGCGCAACCAUGAGCGGCGGGGAGGUGGUUUGCUCGGGCUGGCUCCGAAAGUCCCCGCCGGAGAAGAAGUUGAAGCGAUACGCAUGGAAGAGGAGGUGGUUUGUGCUUCGCAGUGGCCGUCUAACAGGAGAUCCGGAUGUGUUGGAGUACUACAAAAAUGACCAUGCCAAAAAACCUAUUCGUAUUAUUGACUUAAACUUGUGUCAACAAGUGGAUGCGGGAUUGACAUUUAACAAAAAAGAGUUCGAAAACAGUUAUAUUUUUGAUAUCAACACUAUCGACAGAGUUUUCUACUUGGUGGCAGAUAGUGAGGAGGAGAUGAAUAAGUGGGUUCGCUGUAUUUGCGACAUCUGUGGGUUCAACCCUACAGAAGAAGAUGCUGUGAAGCCACUUGGCAGUUCUUUACAGGCAUCUGCUGAAUUACCGUUAGCAGUCAACACUUCACCACCAUCUGUACAAGCAGAAUCAUCCCUACCUCCUCCAUAUCAACUAAUUAACAUCCCACCUCUGGAGUCCUCAUCUAGCCAAGAAGAUCCUCAGGAUUACCUAUUGCUAAUAAAUUGUCAAAGCAAGAAGCCUGAACCUACAAGCCCAGGGUCAUCCUUUAUCUCUGAAGAAGGGAAAGAAUAUCUGCUACUGGAGGAUUUUGAAAGUAAAAAGAUUCCACUGCAACUGCAUGCUGACUCGGCAAAGUCCAUCUCUUCUGAAACAGACUGCAAUGAUAAUGUACCCUCCCAUAAAAAUUCUGCUCCAUCAUUGAGCAAGCAUGCAGUGAACGGCUUUUUUCAGCAACAAAGUACCUAUGACUCUCCGCCACCUCGAGCAGCAUCAGUAUCCAUAGACUGCAGCCUUUAUAACCUGCCUAGGAGUUAUUCACAGGAUGUUUUACCAAAGGCAAUAUCUCCAUCUGGGACUGAUGCAGAAGGAGAGCAGCAUGUUUUCAAUACCCCUUCUGCUACUUCUUCAUUAGAUACACAAAUGAGGCAUUUCUCCAUUAGUUAUGAUAUUCCCCCAACACCUGGAGGUACUUAUCAGAUUCCACGAACUUUUCCAGAAGGAACUUCAAAGCUAGAAACUAUUCCAGAUAUUCCUCCACCUCGGCCACCAAAACCACAUCAUGCUUCAGAUCGAUCUCCCGUGGAAACCUGUUGCAUUACUCGCACUGCCUCAGACACUGACAGUAGUUAUUGCAUCCCUACAGCAGGAUUGCCACCAUCACGCAGUAAUACCAUUUCCACUGUAGAUUUGAAUAUAUUUCGUAAAGAUAUUAGUUCUCAAGACUGCUAUGAUAUUCCACGAUCAUUUCCAAAUGACAGAGCUAGCUCACUGGAAGGCUUUAAAAACAGAAGCAUGUUCACAGUGGGAAGUGUUUCAAGUGAAGAACUGGAUGAAAACUAUGUCCCAAUGAAUCCUAACUCUCCACCACGGCAGCAUUCCAGCAGCUUUACUGAACCCAUACAAGAAACAAACUAUGUACCUAUGACACCGGGUACAUUUGAUUUUUCGUUAUUUGGAAUGCAAGUCCCUCCACCCGCCCACAUGGGUUUCAAGUCCAGUCCAAAGACCCCUCCCAGAAGGCCAGUACCUGUUGCAGAAUGUGAACCACCACCGGUAGAUCGGAACCUCAAACCUGACAGAAAAGGUCAAAGUCCUAAAAUUUUAAGACCUAAACCACAUGGUUUAGAGCGAACUGAUUCACAAACCAUAGGUGACUUUGCUACAAGAAGAAAGGCAAAACCAGCUCCACUAGAAAUAAAACCUCUGCCAGAAUGGGAAGAAUUGCAAGCCCCAGUUAGAUCUCCUAUCACCCGAAGUUUUGCACGAGACUCCUCCAGGUUUCCUAUGUCUCCCAGACCGGAUUCAGUUCAUAGCACAACUUCCAGCAGUGACUCGCAUGACAGUGAAGAGAAUUAUGUACCCAUGAAUCCAAAUCAGUCCACUGAAGACUCAAUUUUGUUCGGCAGCAACAGUCUUGAUGGAGGAAGUAGCCCUAGGGUAAAACCAAAAGGAGAUAAACAAGUAGAAUACUUAGAUCUGGAUCUAGAUUCUGGGAAAUCUACUCCACCUCGUAAGAAAAAAAGCAGUGGUUCAGGGAGCAGUGUGGCAGAUGAAAGAGUGGAUUAUGUUGUGGUUGACCAACAGAAAACACUAGCACUGAAGAGCACACGAGAAGCAUGGACUGAUGGGAGGCAGUCUACAGAAUCUGAAACUCCAACUAAAAGUGUAAAAUGAAAAUUCUGCUAUUCCUCAAAGAACAAAAGACGUAUCAUUUAUCACAAUGAAUGUUGAUGAAAUACAGAACCAUAACUGCCAUGUUGCUUGACUGAACAGUACUUGGCAAUUCACUGGUGUGUAGCUUCCAGAAUGAAUAGAUGGAAGUCAAAGAACGCUUAAAAUUUAUCAAAGAAAUCUAAGUCAGAGGACGUUUUAAAUACAUCAGAGAAAUCUUAAGAUCCUAAAUUAUCUCUGGAUAAUUCAUCAGAUGUAAAUAAUGUGUAAAAAUAGUAUUGCUUGGCUCCCAGAAAACCGUUUGUUCUUCAUUUAACAUAUUUGUAGUAUUACUAUGCUUAUGCACUUUUUCAGUUAGAAUGUUGGUUCAGGUAUUCCCAGUUAAUGAAUUUUAAUGACGAAUUCAUUUUGAGAAUUUUUUCUUACACUACUAUACAUUACAAUUCUAGGUUAAUUAAGCUACAUGUAGAUAUGGAAAUUAAUGUUUGAACUUCAUGUUAACAACUUAGAAAUGAUUUAGAAGAAGCAGUGUCACAAUUUAAUAAUCUACUUGAAAUGUCAAGAAAUAAAUGUUAGUUACAUACUGUUUUUAUAUUUAAUACAUGCAAAGAAUAUUUGGAAGUCUACAGGUUACCUUCCUAACAAUAAUUGCUGUGAUUUAAUAAUAAUGAACUAUAUUGGUUUUAGGAUCUAGCAACAUGGCUUAAACAUUAGUUAUUAGUGGUGGAAUGUCUAAUGUAUUUUAUUAAUGACAGUGUUCUGUGUUCAUUGGGUGAAGAUUCUGCAGGGUGGGAUCUUACACUUUUAAAGACUGAAUAAUUAAUUGUCGAGUAAACCUGCAAACCACUGAUGGCAUGCAGUAAUGUUGUGAUCUCACACUUUUUAACAAGUAGUAACCUUGAUAUUAUUUACAGAAGGUAGAAUAUAUAAAUAAUCAGGUACGUACCAAGCACUGUUGUGCUAAUACACUGAUCAGGUUUAGACAAUAAACUUAGUUUUAUAUUUCUUAGAAGUCCUAAUGUUGGUUUUCAAUUUGAAAUGAAUGGGACAGUUUGACAUUCUCUGUUUGUAGUACUAGCACGAUACUGUGAUUUUGAAUUAGAUAGUAAUUCAAAUGGAAAUACUAUGUUUUGACACUAUAGUGCCCUUUCUACAAUCUUUAUUUUACUUAAUCUUCUGCUUUGCCUUAUAUUUAGAUCCCUAUGCAACUGAUAUUUUAUAUCUAUUUUUUAUAAAAUAGAUACUAUAACUAACUGAUCCCCUUGUUGCUUUUUCCUGGUACAGGAUUUAAAGCUUUGUGUACUGUGAUCCUUUCUGUUCACUAUCCCAGUUCCAAGUAAUACUCUGCCUUGGUUUAGAACCAUAAUUUAGCUGUCAGGAAGAAAAUAGAUCUUCUUUAAGUACAUAAAUGACUUAAAUUUAUUAAUUAUGUCUGGAUUGAAAAUUUACUAACACUUUUUUUUACAGAGAUACCUUUAAAUAAACAAUCUCUUUUUGUCCAGACCUUUAAAAUGCCGAAUGAAUGUGUUAGUCUUGUUUUCUGUCAUGCUGGCCUCAGUACUGUGCCUACUCUACCUUAGGUUUUUUUCCAAUCUACAGUAUGUACACUGUUUUAUUCUUAACAAGGGUUCUUUUUAAAUUAGUAAUAUUUUGAUGCUUUUAAUGUUCUUUUUUAACAAAAAAAACUAAAUACAAUGCAUUUUGAGGUGAAUUUUAAAUAAAUUAAAUGUUCAGUUUUGAUGUGUAAACUCUGUCCAAUGGAACCAGAAAACAAUAAAAAUUAAGAUAUAUGGGAAAAGUGCCUAAAUUACCAAACACAGUUUUUUCUGUGAAGUUGCUAGAUUGUAGAUACAAUAAACAGUACUUCUAAAAAACUAAGCCUAAAAGUAUUUUCAAAAGCAAGUUGUUGAGAAAAUAAAACCCAAACUGCAAAAUUGGACCAAAUUCCUGUCCUAUUGAAGCCAGUGGAAUUAUUGCCAUGGUCCUGAGCAAAACUAGGUAUGAGCUAAUUUAUGACUAGACCCUCUUCUAAAAAAAAGGGAGCAACUAUAUCAGGCUUCCACUCAUGCACAUCGCUUUCAAGGACUGAAGCAUUACUGUGCAUAAUUAUUCUUGCUGGUAAGCAAACUUUCCUUAUUUUCUUCACCAGUACUGCAACUGAGGCAUCUAUAAGCAAAGCAUGUGUUUGGUACUCCAUGUAAUAUGGGGUAGUCUUAUUUAGGAUACUAAUUUCUUUAUACUAUUAAAGCAGAAAUGCUGGGGCCUGAUUUCCCUCUCGCACCAGUCCUUCAAGGACUUCAGAGGAGUUACUCCUGUUUUAAACUGAUCUUAGUGGAGAAUCAGACCUUUCAUUUAUUCUGAACAAUAAAUAUGGUACUUAUUAAAGGGCUACCAUAAGGGGGCUUGGGGCCAAAACUUUACCCUCAUAUGGAAAUACACAUUGAGGAGGCCUCAAAACACUGGGUUGAAAUUGAGAGUUUUCUUUUAACUCUCUCCACAAGUGGGAAAGUUUGGGGGUGGUGGGAGGGAUCACAGAGGUGUUUGUAAAAGACAAUCUCUCAGUCCCCUAAAAGGGGAUACUCCUCUGUCCCUCCUUCACUCCCUGACAAUGCGGCUCAGUCAGGAUUGUGCACUAUCAGUUUUUCAGUGUGACAUUUUUAUCUCCAGUACUCUGCUUCUUAAUAAACAAGUAGCAGUCUGAGGAUUUCCUUGACACUUUCAACCAUUUCAGUGCUUCAGGGCCAAUUUUUUUUUUUUAAAGCUAGGUUUCCUAAAGUUGCACACCAAUAUCAAUAUAUAGGUACCUAAAAUGAAUGGUUUUUCAGAGGUUCUGAGCACUUGUGACUCCUUGUGAUCUCAGUGCUCAACUUUAAGUACCUAAGUUUGAAAAUUUUAGCCCUCUUUGACGAGACAAAAGGCGUAGUUUAUAGUGAAUGAUGUAUCUGGUGUGGACUUUUGUCCUCACUUGAGUUAUAGCUUCCAUUUUAUUAGACUUCUUAAUUCAAUAACAUCCAGAAUGUUAGUUUCAGUGAGCAAAAAUUUAGUAUUUUUGUUUUUUGUUUUGUUUUCCUAAGAGAGAAACUAUCAAACACCAGUUUCCAGACUCUACAGAUAGUGUGGACAUAAUGCUUUUAAAAAUAAUACUGUAGUGGUUUUCUUGACUGUUUUUGGAUUUUAAUACAUUUUUCAUAUUCAUUUUUGGCAUUACAUUAUUGUCAGCUUGUAUUGCCACAAGGACAUUCAAAGAGAUGG